AUGGACUAUCCUGAGGAUGUCUCUGGUCAAGCUCCCUCUUCCGGGGAGUUUGCCUAUCCCGACAUUGACGAAACCAUUCAAUACCCCUGGCAAGGCAGUCAGCCACCGGCCUCAGGUGAACCCGCCGUUCAAUCAGUAAUAGACCCGCGACUGUACAGAGGUCUUUUCACUGGUAGCGAAUCGCAAGCGCCAGAGCAAGCGCAUGAUGAUCGUUCUGGUCUGGAUGAUAGUGGUGAGGACUCCUCUUUUGAGCUGUCCUCCUCCGAAGAAGAAUCAACGGAAGAAGAACUUUCAGAUGAUGGCGUUGAAGGCUCGGAUGAAGAUGAGGAAUAUUCCCGGAGAAGGCGAGCUCGACGCUCCGGUCGGUUCUCUGGUCGUUAUGGCGCUCGAGGUGGUAAGGGUAUCAAGCGCGGCCCUCGCAAGCCCAUAGAGCCCAGCCCAGAGUUCAAGAUGUUGCACUCUGAAGCAACAUCUGCCUUUAUUGAUGGAGAUUAUGACCGUGCCAUCGAUCUGGUUAAGCGUGCAAUUCAGGUCAAUCCAGAAAUGUUCGCCGCCCACUCCCUUCUUUCCGAAAUCUUCCUGUCUCGGGGCGAGAAAGACAAAGCUGUCACGGCACUAUUCAGUGGUGCUCACACCCGACCAAGAGAUGCCGGUGUAUGGGCCAAGGUGGCAAGAAUGAUCUUGGAUCAGGCAGGCGAUGAUAGGCAGGGCGCAUUGAACGAUGUUCUCUACUGUUACAGUCGUGUAGUGGAGAUUGACCCUCAGAACUUCAAUGCUCGCUUCCAGCGAGCUGCUAUCUAUCGAGAACUUGGUCAUAAUGGGAGGGUGAUCACUGAGUACGAGAGGAUUCUUAAAGACAUUCCGCACAACAUACGGGCGCUUCGACUUCUCGUGGAGGUUUAUAUAGAUCAAAGUGAGUAUCAAAAGGCCGCUGACCACUGGUCAAAGAGCAUCCAGCAUUUUAUGACUCGAGCACCUGAAAAGACUCCGGAUUUCACCUGGUCCGACACCAACAUUUAUAUCGAGCUUUACGCCUACCUUGGGCAACACGCCGAAGGGCUCAAAGCCCUAAAAUCAGUCUCUCGAUGGCUUUUGGGGCGCAAAGACGACACAAUGUGGCAAGAAUUUGACGAAGACGAUCGCGAAUGGGACGCCGACGACUCUCCUCGAAGGAUCAAGGCGGAUGGUUAUGUCCCGAAACGGUGGCCGCGCGACUCCUAUGGUCUGGGUCUACCACUUGAACUCCGCAUCAAAAUGGGUAUCUUUCGCCUAAAGCUUGGAGGUCGCAAUGUCGAAGAAGCCCUUCACCAUUUUGAGUGGCUUAAUCCAGAAGAUACCUCCGAAGGCGCCCGACUGCACGAUUAUGGGGACCUCUUCCGCGAAGUAGCCGAUGCGCUCAAGGAAGCCGAGAUGUUAGAGGAGGCGCUCAGCUUCUAUACACCUAUCCAAUAUACCGACGAAUACGCUGAUGUCGGUUAUUUCAUGGCUAUGGGAGAUUGCUGCAGGCUUCUAGGUAAACUCGAAGAUGCCGAGAACUGCUACCUGACGGUUGCCGAUUAUGAUGCGAGGAACAUCGAAUCACGAGUGCAACUCGCCAAACUGUACGAGGCCAUCGGGAUGACUGAACAGGCACUCAAGUAUGUCAACGAUGCCGUGCUUCUAGGCAGACAGGAGACCAGGAGUCACCGUCGACGGAAAGACACGCGGCUUGAGGAACUUGCAAGAGAAUUCAAAUCUGUGGACAUUUCCGCAGAGCCCGAAGCAGAAGACCAGGAAGGCCCGCCCGCCGAUUCUGGUCCUGCAGCUCUUCUUGGUACCAAGUCUGGUGCGGAAGGUGAAUCGGAAAGGACAGAGAAUAUGCAAUUUCUCUUCCGCAAGCUGCUGCAACUGGAACCUACCAUGCAAGCCGGGGAUGGAGAAGCCACUGAAGACUGGCUCGAUAUUGCUGAUGCCCUCCUGCGUGAAUUCCGAGCAAAUAGGGCCUUCUACCCCCUUCAGCGCAAUGUGGUGUUCCUUGGAUACACCAAUAGAACCGGGAAGAAAACACUGUUGGACGAAAUGCAAGAGAUGGCUGGUCGUCUUCAAGAGUCUUUGGGAACCACUGAGGAGCCUCUGCAAACCGCCAUCCCUACGGACUACCACGGGAUUACGUUCGAAGAAUGGCUAGACCUAUUCCUGCAGUACAGUCUGGUGGUAGCAGGGCAAAAUGAGCCUGACGAAGCGUAUGACACUCUCACCGCUGCUGCGGAUGCAAAUGUGUGGUAUCACUCGAAGGACAGUACCCGUUUGAUACAUGUUUGCUGGUUCACUUGUGCACUUCGAGCAAAGGACGAGGAAACUCUCGCAAACGAGGCGCGUUGGUUUAUCAAGGAGUACCAAUUCGUAACAGACACAUACCGUCUAUUUGCUACACUCAGUUGCCUCAUCGGAGAUCCUCACAGAUCCCUCUUUCACUCCUCACCCAACAUGAAGUUCAUGCUCCGACAAAUCAAAGCCAUAGACUUUACACUCCCCGAUGAAGUGACCGGCUCACGUCCAACAAGACAAGUCCGCGAGUCAAUCUACAAGGAGCGUGCCGCCUUAUCAACAAGAGACGACACGGGCGAAGCUAUCCCAGCCGACGAGAUGGACGUCGCCCUCCUAGUCCUGUACGGACACAUCCUCUACUCCGGCAACAGCUUCUACCCUGCCCUCAACUACUUCUUCCGCGCCUACGCCCUAGAUGAUCAAAACCCAGCCGUCCUCCUCUCCAUCGCCCUCUGCUACAUCCACCACUCUAUGAAACGACAGUCCGAGAACCGCCACUACCAUAUUAUGCAGGGUCUCUCUUUCAUGAGCGAGUACAGACGCAUCCGCGAACGCCCAGGAAGCCUUCCCGUCGAGCGACAAGAGAUGGAGUUCAACUUCGCCCGCGUCUGGCAUACCCUCGGCCUCGCGCACCUCGCCGUCGAAGGCUACCAGCGCGUCCUCGACCUAGGCAAGCAAAUCCAAGCCCAAUCUCGGGGCCAGCUUCCCGCCAAAGCAUCCACAGGCGCAUCACCACCAGCGCAAGCAACAACAGCAGACGGUGACACGGACGUGCCCAUGACCGACGUCGACCCGGCUAUCAGCGGCGUGGCGGCAUCGCCUUCCUUCGUCGAGGACUUCUCACGCGAGGCAGCGUUCGCCCUGCAAACGCUCCACGCCCUGAACGGCGACUUCCAAUCAGCGAGGGCGAUCACCGCGACUUGGCUCGUGAUCUGA